AUGGCCCGAGCGCGUGGAGAAGCAUUGGACCUGUGGGCGUACGCGAUGGAAAUAAUCGAGCUUCAGAUCUCGGGCGGUCGCAAUACUCAGAGGCUUCUGGAGCUCCCGGGCGUAUCCAGGAUCACGUUUGACAUGUGCAGGUUUGGGCUCUCGGUUAGGCCUGGCACGAUUUCCAAGAAGCCAACCACUGUGGUCUCCAACGACUGUGAAGUUUACAGGGAACGACCGACCCAGUCUCAGGUGGAGGGCCACGAGCAGGACAACUCUGAGGACGAGGAGGAGGAGGAUGAGCAGCAGCAGCAGCAGGACUGCCCGUUGACUCAGGAGCAGAUUCGGCAGAUACUGCGCUACGUUCAGCAUCGCUUUGUGUGCCAGUCAUGCGAGAGUGCCGGCAAGUCGAUUCCUCAGCGAAAGGCAACAGUUGCUCGGACAUUCUCAUUCAACAAGCUGAUUGGAGUAGACCUGUUCUUUGUGACAUAUCAGCACCGGGAGUACACGUUUCUGAAUCUUAUCCAGACCACGUGCUAUCGGGACGUCUUGGACGAGCAGCUUGCUAAGGGGAUCUCGGGAGGGGCUCUAGACGUUGCUCAAGAGGGACCACCACCACCAGAGGCCACCAUGACUCCCAUCAGCUCCGAGGGUAACGCGUCUCCCGUGACCAUAGCACCAGCAGGCUCCAACGAGGUUCCAGGCCACCAAGGGGGCUCUCGGGACUCCAACAUGGGCUCCAACAACAUCGAGGCUCCAGAGGUACUGUGGCUCAAGCAGUUGCUGAGCCUCCUGCACCGCCACCGGGACUGCGACCUCCGACCCAGGAGUCAGAUCCUGCUCCAGCGGACCUUGCAGGAGCUCUCGGACAGGGCGGUGCUGUCUCAGCCGCAGCCGGACGACCUGGAGAUCAAGCGAGCCAGGCUGGAUCCUGACACACUCCGGUCCGCGACCGGAUGGGCUCCUACCGACGAACAGCUCAGGGGUUCUGGCCUACCGACACCCAUGGAGCUCUUGCCAAGGGCCGAGGGUCGGGUUCGCACCCAAAUCCAGGAGUUCGAGAACUGGCGGUCUCAGCAGAGCAGCGCUGCAGCCUCUUCUCAGGCCGGGCCCCUGGAGACGGGGUCGGAGACCCCGAUGGACGAGACCGGCUUCAGCGCUCUCGAGGGCUACUGCAAGGUGCUGGACUCUUGGUUCGAGGACUCCGGCUGGAGCGGAGACGCCGAGACCUACAUGAACGGCCGGAAGGAUCUGAUCUUCGAGUGCUCAGAGGACAGCGCCGGGCAGUGGUCUCUGCUCUCCUCACGCGGUGGGGAGGAGCUCGAGGAUUUCCGACGAUCGGACGAGGCCGAGUGGGGCGUACUCAACAAGCCUAACGUGCUGCGGAUCCUCAGCAAGGAGGAGUCCACUCAUGUGCUUCGCACCCGGCCAGAGCGGAGUAUAGUGGACUGCAAGAACGCAUUCAGUCAGUCGAGGCGACUCCGCAGGGCUGGUGGACCCAUCUACGUGGCUCCCUGUGAGGGGCUCACUGGCAUUCACGUUCCCGACGGGUGCCUUAUUGAGCUACAUGUCGCCGUCUAUGGUCUAGACGACGCCCCUUGGGAAUGGCACGCCACGAUCACCUCCUACCUACGCGACCUUGGCUUCAAGAAGUUGCUGAUGGAGCCAUGCUACUGGACUCUCCGGGAGCAGGGCGCCCUGAAGGCUCAGGUCCUGAUAGAAGUGGACGACCUUUGGCUGGGUACAGUUGCCUCCCACACGAGGUGGUUGGCCGACUCUCUCAAAGCCAGGUUCACCUUCGGCAAGUGGAGAGGCGACGAGGCCGAGUUUGCAGGACGCCGCAUCAGGAAGGAGGCUCACCGCAUUCGCCUGGACCAGGAGAAGUACAUAUUGGAGGAGAUUCAUCCGAUUGUCUUGGAGAAGGGCCGCCGCUCCAAGAGACAAGAGCCUCUGAGCCGCUCAGAGUUCGAGCAGCUCCGAUCCGGCAUCUACCGGAUCGACUGGGUGGCGAAGGAGACCCGUCCCGAGGUGGCGGGCACGGCUUCCAUACUCGCCAGCAAGCUGGAGCAGGCGGUGGUGGAGGACAUCGUUGUUUUCAAUCGGGCCGUCCAGAUGCUGCGUGACACCGCCUCGCAGUACCUGACCAUCUGGCGCCACGACCUAUCGCAGGUGGUGAGUUUUACUUUGAGCGACGCGGCGGGGAUUGGCACGGACUCACCCAUACAGUGUGCCUGGGCUGUGGGAGUGGCUGACCCUCAGCUGGCCGCCGGACUGACCAGCAAGGUGACGAUGCUUUCCUGGAGAUCCUCCAAGAUGCGUCGAGCUGCCAACUCAUCCCUGGCCGGUGAGGCCAACUCUCUCUGCCAGUCUCUUGGAGAAGCCGACUGGAUCCAGCUGCUACUUCGUGACGCUUGCUUUGGGGACGUUCCUACUGCCGACUGGCGACAGCACGCAGGCCCCUACGCGUCGGUGUUACGUGACAACUGCGAGUUGCAACGACCCUUGCCUGGAGUUCAUGCCACGGACGCCAAGUCCAUCUUCGACUGUCUCUCCAAGAACUGUGCUGGCCGGAAGGAGGACCGCAGGACUUCCGUGGACCUCGCAAUUGCUCGUGACUCUUUCUCCCAGCGGGGCUCGUGCGUGAAGUGGUUUCCUCACCUGCUCAAUCCCACUGAUGUGAUGACCAAGGCUGAUGUGUCCAAGGGGUCCGAUGCCAUGGGUCACAUGAUUCGCCGUGGGACUUUGACGUUGAGUGAUGCUGAGUCGGAGAGGGCUCACCUCUUGGCCGGUGGUGAGAAGGGCCGGCGCAGUCGAGAGGCCAGCCGCCGCUAUCUACAGGAUCGCGAGCGCCGCCUCGAGGAGUCAGGCCGACAGUAA